AUGUACUUCCCGCCCAUGAGUCAUGUCCUAGGGGUGAUGGUGGACCACCCCGAAUUCACGGACGAGGUCGCCAUGGACAUGUACGGCGCGUUCGACAACUGCACCAUCGCCAUCAUGACGGAGAGCGACCUCAUGCCUGCAUUCGGCCUGGCAACGUCGGUCCAGUGCAACGCUCUUGGCACUGUGUCGAACGGCAACGCCAAGCUGACACUGGCGGCGCUCAACGGAGCUACGAUCUUAUUCCUCGGGUGCCUGCUCCUGCAAGAGGAGAACGCUGUACACAAGCUACUCAACAUGAAGGUCAUCAGCCUCGUCAUUCUGAAGGACAUGUCGGACCAUGGCCUAGGCUGGCUCGUCCAGCCCCGCGACGCGGGCUCCAUCAUCAGUCGCUGGCUUGAGAAGACGACAUGCAACCCAAGGGCGCCCCCGGCUACACCUCAACUGUCGCUGUUCCUGACCGCCUGGAUAAAUCGUAGAGGUGGACCAAUGCACCACGGCAGCAACGCUCCGAUCGACUUGUUCAGUGACACGGGCAGCCUGGACCCUCUUCAACUGCUGCAUGGUAGGAUCGCAGAGGACACCACCGACAUGUCUGCCAAUGAACUCUCGAGGCUGGGUAACAUUGCACAUGGCGGGUUUCGCGGCUGCUGCACUGGCUCGGCUGCGGCCCUCUUCCUUGAUGCGAGUGAGGGACCAGAGAUGGAGGGCGUGCGGGCCGAUGCUCCCGCUCAGCGAUGGGUGGAGGUUCUUCUCAGAGCUGCGCUGCAGAACGGGGGACCGAAUCUUAUGACGCCCGAGGCGGCCGAGGCAACAAAGACGUAUCUCAACAGCAAACUGGGACAUUGUCCUGCUGCUGCGUCCAAGAAGCUGCAGGAGCUGGACGAAGGGAUUCGAAAGCAGAUCGCAAGGUUCAAGCAUGACUUAGAUCGGGAAGAACUCGCGUUGUUCAUGCACCACUUCUACCGCGCCUUCUUCGUGGCUCUCACUCAAGGGCGGAUUCAUGACGACGGGGUGAGCCCUUUGACUUGGGUUAAGAUGCCGCUCAGGGUUGAGGUGGGCGAGGCACGAUUGAAGCUGCUCCGCUUACCCUCCUCUGCCCAUGAGCAUCUGAUCGAGAAGCCUGAACGCCCGUCGCUUAGGCUGCAUCGACUCUUCGUCGGCGCCUUUCUGCUGGUGGUGGUGGCCAUUCUGACUGUUCCCGGGUCGUUGUGGCAGCAAGAUGGACGGACUGCAACCGAUCUGGCGCUUGGCAGCAGCACCCGUGUCGGUCUCGGUCGACUGCGGUCCAGCUCAUGGGCAUCGCCUGAGUGGCUUGUGAAUGAAAACCAGGACGUCUACACUCUCUCGACGGCGGUGGGAGAUUGGCAGAAGAUUGAAGGUUUUGACGGAAGAACAGGGGUGAGUGAGCCAGAUCAGUGCUGA